UUAGUCAUUUGGUUGUACAGUGAUUCAAUUCUUGCAUUAUCCGCUUUCGUCGUCUGCAAGCCGCAGCUCGGACGGGCGAUCCCUUUUUCCGGACACCGAACUUAAAACACUAGGCGAAGCUCAAGGGCAAGGAGUUCACACGAUGAAGGCGAAGACACACUUCUUCAAAAAUCUUGAUCUCAGUUCGAUCCUUGUUCCCGAGGAUGCUGCCACGUUCACAGGCACCAAGGUGGUCUGCACGGUGGGUCCAAGCUGUCAGGAUGUUGACAUCAUGUGCGACAUGCUCAAUGCCGGUGUGGUGGGCUGCCGUGUGGACCUGACCUGGGGUCCCCUGGAGUUCCACCGCAAGUCGCUCCACAACCUGCAGCUAGCCAUGCGCAAGAGCAGGCGGCUCUGUUGCACCAUGGUGGACACACUCGGCAGGGAGCUUAUGAUCCGUCGUCAGGUCAAGAUUGGAGAGGACGGUUGGCCCAUUCACGAGGAGUCCUUCGCCGUGACUGCGGGGCAGCAGGUGGUCAUCACCACUCGUACGGAUGUGGACGCCAGCGGCAGUGUGCUGCCCAUUACGUACAACAAGUUCACGGAGAUGGCGGUCAAGGGCGACACGGUGUACAUUGGUCGGUACCUGGUGUGCGGAGCGGACUCGGCCUCGCUCUACCUUGAGGUGGUGGAUGUGCAGGGUGACGAUGUUGUGUGCAUAGCCAAGAACGAUGCCGUACUGGACGGUUUGCUGACUGUGUUCCACGCCGAGCGCUCCUCCGAGGGUCUGUCCAACGUGCAAAACGACCUGCCGCUCCUGUCCGAUUACGAUAAAGAGUGCCUCCACAUAUUGGCUCAGGACUUUGAGAUUGACUUCCUGUCGCUGUCGUACACUCGCUCUGCGGACGAUGUGCGCGAGGCCCGCAGGUUCCUGGACUCCAUCGGGAUGUCCAACACCAAGAUCCUCGCCAAGUUGGAGUCCAGACAGUCGCUGCUGAACUUCCAGGGCAUUUUGAACGAGGCUGACGGCAUCAUCAUUUCCCGGGGUAACCUGGGACUGGACUGUGUGCCGGAGAAGAUGGCGCUGGUGCAGAAGACCCUGGUGCAGGCUUGCAACCUGGUUGGCAAGCCCGUGUUGAUGACCCGUGUGGUUGAUACAAUGAUCAACACCCCCCGGCCCACGCGCGCGGAGGCCACUGACGUGGCGAAUGCUGUACUGGAUGGAGUGGACGGCAUCUUGUUGGGCGCGGAGACGCUGCGGGGCCGCUAUCCGUGUGAGACCGUGACCACCAUUUGCAGCAUCAGCCGGGCUGCUGAGAAGGUGUUUGAUCACCAUUACCACUACGAGCACCUCAUGGAGGUGGGGGAAAGGGGGGAAGGGCUGGAGUCCAUUGCCUCGUCUGCUGUCCGCGCGGCCGACCGCGUCGGUGCCUCCCUGAUUGUUGUGUACACCCACACGGGCAAGACUGCCCAGCUGGUGGCCAAGUACCGGCCCCCUAUGCCCAUUCUAACGUUGGUGGUGCCCCACCUGGUAUCGGACCAGCUCAAGUGGAAGCUGGAGGGCAGGUCUAGCGCACGGCAGUGUCUGAUAAGCCGCAGCCUGCUUCCCGUGUUGGCCGCCCCCAGCCCCAGCGGCGACCAGUUGUUGCAGGAGGCGGUGGUGAUGGCCAGCCGGGUGGGCCUGGUGAAGCCGCACGACCAUGUGGUGUGUGUGCAGCGCAUCCACGACGACUUCUGCGUCAAGAUCAUCUCGGUGGACGAGCUUGGUGCAGGUGGGUGCCGUAUUGAUAAGCCUGUACACGUUGCCUGUACGGUGUGA